CGGGAGGAGCCCCCCAGGAGGAGGACCGGGAUCCAUGUGUCUUUCCUGGUGACUAGGAUGUCGUCGGAGGAGGACAAGAGCGCGGAGCAGCCGCAGCCGCCGCCACCCCCCCCCGAGGAGCCCGGAGCCCCGGCCCCGAGCCCCGCAGCCGCAGACAAAAGACCUCGGGGCCGGCCUCGCAAAGAUGGCGCUUCCCCUUUCCAGAGAGCCAGAAAGAAGCCUCGAAGUAGAGGAAAAAGUACAGUGGAAGAUGAGGACAGCAUGGAUGGGCUGGAGACAACAGAAACAGAAAAUACUGUGGAAACAGAAAUCAAAGAACAAUCAGCAGAAGAAGAUGCUGAAGCAGAAGUGGACAGCAGCAAGCAGCCAGGCCCAGCCUUUCAGCGUUCUGUGUCUGAGGAAUCUGCAGCCUCCCUGGUCUCUGUUGGUAUAGAAGCCAAAAUCAGUGAACAGCUCUGCGCUUUUUGUUACUGUGGUGAAAAAAGCUCCUUAGGACAAGGAGACUUAAAACAAUUUAGAGUAACGCCUGGAUUUAUUUUGCCAUGGAAAAACCAGCCUUCUAACAAGAAGGACGUUGAUGACAACAGCAGUGGAACUUGUGAGAAAAUACAAAACUCAGCACCACGAAAACCAAGAGGACAGAGAAAGGAACGGUCUCCUCAGCAGAAUAUAGUACCUUGUGUAAGUGUAAGCACGCAGACUGCUUCAGAUGAUCAGGCUGGUAAAUUAUGGGAUGAACUCAGUCUGGUUGGCCUUCCGGAUGCCAUUGAUGUCCAAGCCUUAUUUGACCCUACAGGCACUUGUUGGGCUCAUCACCGUUGUGUGGAAUGGUCACUGAGGGUGUGCCAGAUGGAAGAACCGUUGUUAGUGAACGUGGACAGAGCUGUUGUCUCAGGGAGCACAGAACGAUGUGCAUUUUGUAAGCACCUUGGAGCCACUAUCAAAUGCUGUGAAGAGAAAUGUGCCCAGAUGUACCAUUAUCCUUGUGCUGCUGGAGCCGGCACCUUUCAGGAUUUCAGUCACUUCUUCCUUCUUUGUCCAGAGCACAUUGACCAAGCUCCUGAAAGAUCAAAGGAAGAUGCAAACUGUGCAGUGUGCGACAGCCCGGGAGACCUCUUAGAUCAGUUCUUUUGUACUACUUGUGGUCAGCACUAUCAUGGAAUGUGCCUGGAUAUAGCGGUUACUCCAUUAAAACGUGCAGGUUGGCAAUGUCCUGAGUGCAAAGUGUGCCAGAACUGCAAACAAUCGGGAGAAGAUAGCAAGAUGCUAGUGUGUGAUACGUGUGACAAAGGGUAUCAUACUUUUUGUCUUCAACCAGUUAUGAAAUCAGUACCAACCAAUGGCUGGAAAUGCAAAAAUUGCAGAAUAUGUGUCGAGUGUGGCACACGAUCUAGUUCUCAGUGGCACCACAAUUGCCUGGUAUGUGACAGUUGUUACCAACAGCAGGAUAACUUAUGUCCUUUCUGUGGGAAGUGCUACCAUCCAGAAUUGCAGAAAGACAUGCUUCAUUGUAAUAUGUGCAAAAGAUGGGUUCACUUAGAAUGUGACAAACCGACAGAUCAUGAACUGGAUUCUCAGCUCAAAGAAGAGUACAUCUGUAUGUAUUGCAAACACUUAGCUGAGAUGGAUCCAUUACAGCCAGGUGAUGAAGUGGAGAUGGCUGAACUCACUACAGAUUGUAACAAUGAAAUGGAAGUUGAAGGCCCUGAGGACCACAUGGUACUUCUGGAGCACGUGGCUAAUAAAGACGUCGGUGGCCAGCAGCCCGCGCCUGGGAUUGUUCCAGAUGCAGCUCACAUCCAUACUGGAGAGCAGCAGAGGAGUGAUCCACCGGAAAGUCGUGGCAUGCGUGGACUUCUCAUUGCUGAAUCAUCCCAAGAUAAAGUGAAUCCUGAAUUGGAAAAUCAGAUUUCUCGUGAAGCUGAUAGCGAAGAAAUGGAAAUGCCUCCUAAAGUGAUGCACACUUGCGGUGCAGAUCAAAAUGAGAACAAAAUGGAAGUGACAGACAGCGCUGAAGCCCUUGCCCCCCAGGUCGCUGCGCAGCAGGGGGAAGUGCACUUGUUGGAGGGACCUAACAUGGCGGUGUCCCCAGAAGAAUCCCGGCCUCCAGGAGUCAACACUGAAUCCGUCACUGUCCCGUUCCCCGGUGGGGAAGGUACGGCUUUAUGUUCUAAGGAACAGUUGGCCAUAGAAAGGGUACCAGAAGAAAUGGAACAGAAAGAAAAUCCUGAACCCUCUACUGCAUUUAUGGACUUCGAAGUGGCUCCUGCAGUUGAGAGUUGUGUGAAAGAUGGUGUACGCCAAGAAAGCAAAUCUGUAAAAUUACCACCUGAGACAGAGUCACCAUCUUCAUCAGCAGCGGGCAUGAGCAAGGCAAACGCGUCUUCCUCUCCAGCACUUUCUUCCGACUUGCCUUCCCACGACAUGCUGCAUAGUUACCCCUCGACUCCCAGUGCUUCUGCUGGAAACGUCAUGCCAACAACUUACAUCUCAGUCACCCCCAAAAUUGGCAUGGGUAAACCAGCUAUUACCAAAAGGAAAUUUUCUCCUGGUAGACCUCGGUCCAGACAGGGGGCUUGGAGUACCCAUAAUACAGUGAGCCCACCUUCCUGGUCCCCAGACAUUUCAGAAGGCCGGGAAAUUUUUAAACCCAGGCAGCUUCCUGGCAGUGCCAUUUGGAGCAUCAAAGUGGGCCGGGGGUCAGGAUUUCCAGGAAAGCGGAGACCUCGUGGUGCGGGACUGUCAGGACGAGGCGGCAGAGGCAGAUCAAAGUUGAAAAGUGGAAUCGGGGCAGUUGUGUUGCCCGGGGUGUCUGCUGCAGAUAUUUCAUCAAAUAAGGAUGAAGAAGAAAACUCUAUGCACAAUACAGUUGUGUUGUUUUCUAGCAGUGACAAGUUCACUUUGCAUCAGGAUAUGUGUGUAGUUUGUGGCAGUUUUGGCCAAGGAGCAGAGGGAAGAUUACUUGCCUGUUCUCAGUGUGGUCAGUGUUACCAUCCAUACUGCGUCAGUAUUAAGAUCACGAAAGUGGUUCUGAGCAAGGGUUGGAGGUGUCUGGAAUGCACUGUGUGUGAGGCCUGUGGGAAGGCGACAGACCCAGGAAGACUCCUGCUGUGCGACGAUUGUGACAUAAGUUAUCACACCUACUGCUUGGACCCGCCACUGCAGACAGUUCCCAAAGGAGGCUGGAAGUGCAAAUGGUGUGUGUGGUGCAGACACUGUGGAGCGACAUCUGCAGGUCUGAGAUGUGAAUGGCAGAACAACUACACACAGUGUGCUCCGUGUGCAAGCCUGUCCUCCUGCCCCGUCUGCUACCGAAACUAUAGAGAAGAAGACCUUAUUCUGCAGUGUAGACAAUGUGAUAGAUGGAUGCAUGCAGUUUGUCAAAACUUAAAUACUGAAGAGGAAGUGGAAAAUGUAGCAGACAUUGGUUUUGAUUGUAGCAUGUGCAGACCCUAUAUGCCUACAUCAAAUGUGCCUUCCUCAGACUGCUGUGAAUCUUCACUUGUAGCACAAAUUGUCACAAAAGUGAAAGAGCUAGAUCCACCCAAGACCUACACCCAGGAUGGUGUAUGUUUGACUGAAUCAGGGAUGACUCAGUUACAGAGCCUCACAGUUACUGUUCCAAGAAGAAAACGGUCAAAACCAAAGUUGAAGUUGAAGAUCAUAAAUCAGAAUAGCGUGGCCGUCCUUCAGACCCCUCCAGACAUCCAAUCAGAGCAUUCGAGGGAUGGUGAAAUGGAUGAUAGUCGAGAAGGAGAACUUAUGGAUUGUGAUGGAAAAUCGGAAUCUAGUCCUGAACGGGAAGCUGUGGAUGAUGAAACUAAGGGAGUAGAAGGAACAGAGGGUGUCAAAAAGAGAAAAAGGAAACCAUACAGACCAGGUAUUGGUGGAUUUAUGGUACGACAAAGAAGUCGAACUGGGCAAGGAAAAACCAAAAGAUCUGUGAUCAGAAAAGAUUCCUCAGGCUCCAUUUCUGAGCAGUUACCUAGCAGAGAUGAUGGCUGGAGUGAGCAGUUACCAGAUACUCUAGUUGAUGAAUCUGUUUCUGUUACUGAAAACACUGAAAAAAUAAAGAAGAGAUACCGAAAAAGGAAAAAUAAGCUUGAAGAAAUUUUCCCUGCCUACUUACAAGAAGCUUUCUUUGGAAAAGAUCUUCUAGAUACAACUAGACAAAACAGACUAAGUUUAGAUAAUCUAUCAGAAGAUACAGCUCAGCUUUCUUACAAAACAAACAUGAACACAAAUUUCUUGGAUCCUUCCUUAGAUCCACUACUUAGUUCAUCCUCAACUCCAGCAAAACCUGGAACUCACGGCACUGCUGAUGAUCCCUUAGCCGAUAUUUCCGAAGUCUUAAACACAGAUGAUGACAUUCUUGGAAUAAUUUCAGACGACCUUGCAAAAUCAGUUGAUCAUUCAGGUCUUGAUUUAUGCACUUUCCAGGUUGAGAGCUCAUCUUGUCCAUUUGCUGGAAUAGACCUUGGUGCCGGCGUUGAUGAUCCUUCCUCUUUGCCUCAGCCAAGUGUCAAUCAGAGUUCACGACCGUUAAGUGAAGAGCAGCUCGAUGGCAUCCUCAGCCCUGAACUAGACAAAAUGGUCACAGAUGGUAAAAUAUUUGCCCUACAUCUAGGCUUUCUAAAAGACAUGAGAGCAAUUCUUGGGAAGUUAUAUAAAAUACCAGAGCUUGGAGGAAAGGAUGUGGAGGACUUGUUUACCGCUGUGCUCAGUCCUGCAGCCACGCAGCCAGCUUCCGUACCACAGCCUCCGGCGCCUCCGCUGCUGCCCGCGCACGCUCAGGAUGUUUUUUCACGGAUGCCACUCGUGAAUGGCCUUAUCGGACCUAGUCCUCAUCUCGCACAUAAUUCUUUGCCUCCUGGAAGUGGACUGGGAACCUUCCCUGCUGUAGCGCAGCCCCCCUACACUGAUGCCAGGGAUAAAAAUCCAGCAUUUAAUCCAAUGGCAAGUGACCCUAACGGCUCUUGGACAUCAUCAGCUCCCACUAUGGAAGGAGAAAAUGAUACAAUGUCAAAUGCCCAGAGAAGCACACUCAAGUGGGAGAAAGAGGAGGCCCUGGGUGAAAUGGCAACAGUAGCACCAGUUCUCUACACAAAUAUUAAUUUCCCCAACCUAAAGGAAGAAUUCCCAGACUGGACUACUAGAGUGAAGCAAAUUGCCAAGCUGUGGAGAAAAGCAAGCUCACAGGAAAGAGCACCAUACGUGCAAAAAGCCAGAGAUAACAGAGCUGCUUUACGCAUUAAUAAAGUACAGAUGUCAAAUGAUUCCAUGAAAAGGCAGCAGCAGCAAGAUAGCAUCGAUCCCAGCUCUCGUAUUGAUUCAGAUCUUUUUAAAGAUCCACUAAAGCAAAGAGAAUCGGAACAUGAACAGGAAUGGAAAUUCAGACAGCAAAUGCGGCAGAAAAGUAAGCAGCAGGCUAAGAUUGAAGCCACCCAGAAGCUGGAGCAGGUGAAGAACGAGCAGCAGCAGCAGCAGCAACAGCAGCAGCAGCAGCAGCAGCAGCAGCAGCAGCAGCAGCAGCAGCAGCAGCAGCAGCUGGGCCCUCAGCCUCUUCUGGGGCAGUCUGGCUCGGACACGCCGAGUGGCGGCAUCCAGAGCCCCCUGACCCCGCAGCCUGGCAAUGGAAAUACGUCUCCUGCACAGCCCUUCCAUAAAGACCUGUUUGCAAAGCAGCUGCCCGGCACCCCCACUUCCGCGCCAUCAGAUGACGUGUUUGUAAAACCGCAAGCUCCACCCCCUCCUCCGGCGCCGUCCCGAAUCUCCAUCCCAGAGAGUCUGUCACAGGCUCAGGCUUCUCAGCCGCCUUCCCCACAGAUGUUUUCCCCUGGAUCUUCUAACUCCCGGCCGCCAUCUCCAGUGGAUCCUUAUGCGAAAAUGGUUGGUACCCCAAGACCACCUGCUGGGGGCCAUGGUUUUUCCAGAAGAAAUUCUGCACUGGUGGAAAACUGUGCACCUUUACCGUCCGUAUCUAGGCCCACUCAGAUGAGCGAGACAACAGCAAGUAGGCCAUCCCCAGUCAGAGAUCUAUGUUCUUCCUCCACAGCAAGUAGUGACCCCUAUGCAAAGCCUCCAGACACACCUAGGCCUGUGAUGACAGAUCCAUUUCCCAAACCCUUAGGCCUGCCCCGGUCUCCUGUAGUUUCGGAACAAACUGCAAAAGGUCCUCUAGCGUCUGGAACCAAUGACCACUUUACUAAACCGUCGCCUAGGGCAGAUGCGUUUCAAAGACAACGGAUACCUGAUCCAUAUGCUCGACCCUUGUUGACACCUGCACCUCUUGAUAGUGGUCCCGGACCUUUUAAAGCUCCAAUGCAGCCGCCCCCAUCCUCCCAGGACCCUUAUGGGUCAGUGUCACAGGCACCGAGGCGAUUGUCUGUUGACCCUUAUGAAAGGCCUGCUUUGACACCACGACCUGUAGAUAACUUUUCUCAUAACCAGUCAAGUGAUCCAUAUAGCCAGCCUCCCGUCACCCCACAUCCAGCAAUGAAUGAAUCCUUUGCUCAUCCUUCAAGGGCUUUUCCCCAGCCUGGAACCAUAUCAAGGCCAACAUCUCAGGACCCAUAUUCCCAACCUCCAGGAACUCCACGUCCUAUUGUAGAUUCCUAUUCCCAGCCCCCAGGAACAUCUCGCUCCAAUCCAGACCCCUAUUCUCAACCUCCUGGAACUCCCCGGCCCACCACCAUCGGCCCGUAUAGUCAGCAGCCACCAGCCCCAAGGCCGUCUGCACAAGCAGACUUAUUUGUUACAUCUGCAGCUAAUCAGAGACGUUCUGACCCACGUGCUCACCCUCCUGGAACACCGAGACCUGGAAUUUCUGUUCCUUACUCUCAACCACCAGCAAUACCGAGGCCAAGGAUUUCAGAGGGUUUUACUAGGUCCUCAAUGACAAGACCAGUCCUCAUGCCAAAUCAGGAUCCUUUCCUGCAGGCAGCACAAAAUCGAGGAGCAGCCUUACCUGGCCCUUUGGUAAGGCCACCUGAUGCGUGUUCCCAAACACCCAGGCCACCUGGACCUGGUCUUUCAGACACUUUUAGCCGUGUCUCCCCAUCUGCCCCUCGUGACCCCUAUGAUCAGACUCCCAUGACUCCGAGAUCUCAGUCUGACUCUUUCGGAACAAGUCAGGUUGCCCACGAUGUUGCUGAUCAGCCACGGCCUAGAUCAGAGGGGAGCUUCAGUGCACCUUCCAGCUCACCCAUGAAUUCUCAAGGCCAGCAGUUCUCCGGUGUGUCCCAGCUUCCCGGACCUGUACCGACCUCAGGAGUCACCGAUACACAGAGCACUGCAAACAUGUCUCAAGCAGAUACAGAGAAACUGAGACAGCGACAGAAGUUACGUGAAAUCAUCCUCCAGCAGCAACAGCAGAAGAAGCUGGCAGGUCGACAGGAGAAAGGGUCACAGGCCCCAGGAGCAGUGCCUCAUCCGGGGCCCCUGCAGCACUGGCAGCCGGAGAGUGCCAGCCAGGCUUUUACUAGGCCUCCCCCGCCCUAUCCUGGGAGCAUCGGGUCCUCCAUUGGCCCUCCUCUAGGACCUAGAUAUGCUGCUUUCCCAAAAGACCCGCGUGGACCCUGUACUCCUGAUGUUACUGGUAUGGGGAUGAGACCUCAUGGAUUUAGAUUUGGAUUUCCAGGAGGUAGUCACGGUACCUUGUCAAGUCAGGAACGCUUCCUUGUACCUCCUCAGCAAAUACAAGGAUCUGGAGUUCCUCCACAGCUGAGAAGAUCUAUGUCUGUAGAUAUGCCCAGGCCUUUAAAUAACUCACAAACGAAUAAUCCAGGCGGACUUCCUCCACAUUUUUCGCCACAGAGCCUGUCAGUUCAGCAGCACAACAUACUGGGCCAAGCAUUUAUUGAAUUGAGGCACAGGACCCCUGAUGGAAGGCCUCGGAUGCCCUUCCCUGCUUCUCCUGGCAAUGUUAUAGAGGCACCUUCUCAUCCAAGACAUGGAAACUUCAUUCCCCGGCCAGACUUUCCAGGCCCUAGGCACACAGACCCCAUGAGACGACCUUCCCAAGGUCUCCCUCAUCAGCUGCCUGUGCAUCCAGAUUUGGAACAAGUGCCGCCAUCUCAGCAAGAGCAGAGCCACCCUGUCCAUUCAUCUUCUGUGGUCAUGAGGUCUCUGAGCCACCCCUUAGGUGGUGAGUUUUCAGAGGCCCCUUUGUCAACAUCUACACCAGCUGAAACAACAUCUGAUAAUUUGCAGAUAACCACCCAGUCUUCUGGUGGUCUCGAAGAAAAGCUUGAUUCUGAUGACCCAUCUGUCAAAGAACUAGAUGUUAAAGACCUCGAGGGGGUUGAAGUCAAAGACUUAGAUGAUGAAGAUCUUGAAAAUUUAAAUCUCGAUACAGAGGAUGGCAAGGGAGAUGAAUUGGAUACUUUAGGUAAUUUGGAAACUAAUGAUCCCAACCUGGAUGACCUCUUAAGGUCAGGAGAAUUUGAUAUCAUUGCAUAUACAGAUCCAGAACUUGACCUGGGAGAUAAGAAAAGCAUGUUUAACGAGGAACUGGAUCUUAAUGUUCCAAUUGAUGAUAAGUUAGAUAAUCAGUGUGUAUCUGUUGAACCCCCAAAAAAGGAGCAGGAUGACAAAAGUAUGGUUCCUUCUGAUAAACAUUCUCCUUGGAAAAAAUCCACUGUCAGCAGUGAGAUUAAAACAGAAGUACUGUCUCCAGAUUCUAAAGGGGAAACCAAAUGUGAAAGUGAGAAAGGUGACGAGGGUAAAGAUGCUGUUGACGCUCCCUGCCCACAGGCCCCUGCUCAGACAGACGCGAAUGAUGGGGAACAAGCUUCUUUGCAGUCCUGUGAUGCAGAUCUACUUGAGAAAAGAACUAAUGGAGAAACGGCUGGCUCCAGCACAAGUGUUCGUGGGUCCACUCCGCUGCCUGCUGAAGUUGUGAUAAACUCUUGCAGCAUACCUGGAUCAACUCCAGUUCUCUCAAGUCUACUUGCUAAUGAAAAAUCUGAUAAUUCAGACGUUAGGCCAUUGGGGUCUCCACCACCAACUUUGCCGGCCUCACCGUCCAGUCAUGUGUCAAGUUUGCCUCCCCCUCUAAUGACACCGCCUGGUCAUGCUUUGGAUAAUACCUUGAAUUCUAAUGUGACAGUAGUCCCUAGAUUAAACCAUACUUUCCCUCAGGGUGUGCAGGUGAGUCCAGGAUUCAUUCAGGGUCAGCCAACAGUGCAUCGCAGUUUUGGAACAGGAAAGCCUGUGAAUCAGACUGUACCUCUGACAAGUCAGUCUGCUGCCAGUGGCAUGUCUGGGCCCCAGCAGCUGAUGGUCCCUCAGACGGCCGCCCAGCAGAAUAGAGAGAGGCCCCUCCUUCUGGAGGAGCAGCCUCUACUUCUGCAGGACCUUUUGGAUCAAGAGAGACAAGAACAGCAACAGCAAAGACAGAUGCAAGCCAUGAUCCGUCAGCGGUCUGAACCGUUCUUCCCUAAUAUCGAUUUUGAUGCAAUUACAGAUCCUAUAAUGAAAGCCAAAAUGGUGGCCCUUAAAGGCAUAAAUAAAGUAAUGGCACAAAACAAUAUGGGCAUGCCACCAAUGGUUAUGAACAGGUUCCCCUUUAUGGGCCAGUCCGUGACUGGAACACAGACUGGUGAUGGCCAGACUCUCCUUCCACAGGCAGUUACUCAGGAUGGCAGUAUAACACAUCAGAUUUCUAGGCCUAAUCCUCCAAAUUUUGGUCCAGGCUUUGUCAAUGAUUCACAACGUAAACAGUAUGAAGAAUGGCUUCAGGAGACCCAACAGCUUCUUCAGAUGCAGCAGAAAUAUCUUGAAGAACAAAUCGGUGCACACAGGAAAUCCAAAAAGGCCCUUUCAGCUAAACAACGUACCGCCAAGAAAGCUGGGCGUGAGUUUCCAGAAGAGGAUGCAGAGCAGCUCAAGCACGUCACUGAACAGCAAAGCAUGGUUCAGAAGCAGCUAGAACAGAUUCGUAAACAACAGAAAGAGCAUGCCGAGUUGAUUGAAGAUUACCGGAUCAAGCAGCAGCAGCAGCAGCAGCAGCAGUGCGCCAUGGCCCCGCCCACCGUGAUGCCAGGUGUCCAGCCCCCACUGCCCCUGGUGCCAGGUGCCGCCCCGCCCCCCAUGAGCCAGCCCAGCUUCCCCCUGGCGCCACUGCAGCUACAGCACCAGCAGCACACCGCGGUCAUUCCCGGCCACACGAGCCCUGCGGGAACGCCCAGUUUGCCCAGUUUCCCUGGGUGGCAGCCUCCCGGUGCUCCUUCCCGCCCCACCCUCAACCCUCCUAGGAUUCAGCCUCCAGUGGCCCAGUUACCAAUAAAAACUUGCCCCCCAGCCCCAGGGGCAGUGUCAAAUGCAAAUCCACAGAGUGGACCGCCACCACGGGUGGAAUUCGAUGACAAUAACCCCUUUAGUGAAAGUUUUCAAGAACGGGAACGUAAGGAACGUUUACGAGAACAGCAGGAGAGACAACGAAUCCAGCUCAUGCAAGAAGUAGAUAGACAGAGAGCUUUGCAGCAGAGGAUGGAAAUGGAGCAGCACGGCAUGAUGGGCUCAGAGCUAAGCAGCAGGACACCUGUGUCCCAGAUUCCAUUCUACGCUUCUGACCUGCCUUGUGAUUUUACGCAACCCCCAAGACCCCUUCAGCAGCCUCCGCAGCCGCAGCAGCAGGCGGGGCCGGUUUUACAGCAGCAGAACCUACAGCAAGGGUCUAUUAAUUCACCGCCCACCCCGAAUUUCAUGCAAACCAGUGAGCGAAGGCACAUGGGACCUCCCUCGUUUGUUCCUGACUCACCGUCAAUUCCUGGUGGAAGCCCAAAUUUCCAUUCUGUGAAGCCGGUACGUGGAGGUGUUCCUGGGGCCAGCUUCCAGCAGUCCCCGGUGAGGCCUCCUUUUACACCCGCUUUACCUGCGGCACCUCCAGUGGCUAAUAGCAGUCUCCCCUGUGGCCAAGACCCGGCUGUAAGCCGUGGACAGAGUUACCCAGGAUCAGCCCCAUCUCUCAUUCAGCUGUAUUCUGACAUAAUCCCGGAAGAGAAAGGGAAAAAGAAGAGAACAAGAAAGAAGAAGAAAGACGACGAUGCGGAAUCUACCAAGGCACCUUCUACUCCCCAUUCGGAUGUAACUGCUCCACCAACCCCGGGUGUCUCGGAAGCUGCCUCUGCUCCCGUAGUGAACACACCCGGCGAGCUCCCUCAGCAAGGAGAACCCGAGGCGGCGGAACCGGGCGGCCUAUCACCUCCUGACCCGGCAGCGGGCCCGCUGCGCACAGAGCCAGAGAACGAACUGCCCAGCGGUGACUUCGCACGAGGGACCCCAGGUCAACAGACCUGUGCGAGUUCAGAGGUGGAUAAGCGCCCCAUCGACGCGCCUGCCCCCUCUGGGGAGAUGAAACUGGAGUCAGCUGAGCCGGAGCAGCGCCCGGGCCCAGAUGGGCCUGAACUGGAGGAGCGCCCUGGGGAUCGGGCCAAAGAAAGGGCUGUGGCCGGCGCUGCCUGCCCGGGGCAGAGUCCUCCCCGACCUGCCGGCGCUCCUGCUGCCAAGGGAGAUUCAGGCAAUGAGCUUCUGAAGCACCUGCUGAAAAAUAAAAAGGCAUCUUCCCUUUUAAAUCAAAAACCGGAAGGGAGUUUUUGUUCAGAAGACGAUGGUACGAAGGAUAACAAACUGGUUGAGAGGCAGAACCCAGCCGACGUGCAAACUUCGGGGGCUCAAGUGCAAGGUGGUUUUGGAUGUGGCAACAGCCAGUUGCCAAAAACAGAUGGAGGAAGUGAAACCAAGAAACAGCGAAGCAAAAGGACUCAGAGGACCGGAGAGAAGGCAGCACCUCGGUCGAAAAAAAGGAAAAAGGAAGAAGAGGAGAAACAAGCGAUGUUCUCUUCCACGGACACCUUUACCCACCUGAAGCAGCAGCUCUCUCUGCUCCCUCUAAUGGAACCAGUCAUUGGAGUGAACUUUGCCCACUUUCUUCCUUACGGCAGUGGCCAGUUUAAUAGUGGGAAUCGACUUCUAGGAACUUUUGGCAGUGCUACCCUUGAAGGGGUUUCGGAUUACUAUUCUCAGUUGAUCUACAAGCAGAAUAAUUUAAGUAAUCCUCCAACACCCCCUGCCUCUCUUCCUCCUACACCACCUCCUAUGGCUUGUCCGAAGAUGGCAAAUGGUUUUGCAACAACUGAAGAACUUGCUGGAAAAGCUGGAGUAUUAGUGAGCCAUGAAGUUACCAAAAGCCUAGGACCUAAACCAUUUCACCUGCCGUUCAGACCACACGAUGACUUGUUGGCCAGAGCGAUUGCUCAAGGCCCAAAGACAGUGGACGUUCCUGCUUCACUCCCAACACCGCCUCAUAAUAACCAGGAGGAAUUAAGGACACAGGACCAUGGGGGUGACCGGGACACGCCUGACAGUGUUGUGCCCUCGUCCUCUCCUGAGAGUGUGGUCGGCAUGGAAGUGAGCAGAUACCCAGACCUGUCCCUGGUCAAAGAGGAGCCUCCGGAGCCCGUGCCAUCCCCCAUCAUUCCGAUCCUCCCGAGCGGCACCGGGAAAGGGCUGGAAUCUAGAAGGAAUGACAUCAAAACUGAGCCGGGCACUUUGUUUUUCACGUCACCUUUUGGUGCAUCCCCAAAUGGUCCCCGAUCGGGUCUCAUAUCUGUGGCAAUCACUCUGCAUCCUACAGCUGCUGAGAACAUUAGCAGUGUUGUGGCUGCGUUCUCCGACCUCCUCCACGUUCGGAUCCCUAACAGCUACGAGGUUAGUAAUGCUCCAGAUGUUCCAUCCGUGGGUUUGGUCAGUAGCCACAGAGUAAACCCAGGUUUGGAGUAUCGACAGCGUUUAUUUCUUCGUGGGCCUCCACCAGGAUCUGCAAACCCUCCCAGACUAGCCAGCUCUUACCACCUGAAGCAGCCUACUGUGCCCUUCCCUCCAGCAAGCAAUGGCCUUUCUGGGUGCGCGGGCACUAGUCACGGUGUCACAGAAAGUGCGGCUCUCAGGCCACAGUGGUGCUGCCACUGUCAUGUCGUCGUUCUGGGCCACGGCGUGAGGAAGCCGGCCAGAGACCCGGCCUUUGUGAGCAAGGGCUCCCGAGACAGCUCCAGCAGAGCGGAGAAGGACAUUGUCUUCUGUAGUAACAACUGCUUUAUUCUCUAUUCAUCAGCUGCACAAGCAAAAACCUCAGAAAGCAAGGAAUCCGUUCCUUCAUUGCCACACUCGCCUAUAAAAGAGACGCCUUCCAGAGCAUUUCAUCAGUACAGUAACAACAUCUCCACUUUAGAUGUGCACUGUCUGCCGCAGCUCCAGGAAAAAGCUUCGCCCCCAGCGUCACCGCCCAUCACUUUCCCUCCUGCUUUUGAAGCAGCCAAAGUGGAGGCAAAGCCAGAUGAGCUGAAGGUGACGGUCAAGCUAAAGCCUCGGCUAAGAGCUGUCCACGGUGGGUUUGAAGACUGUCGGCCGAUCACUAAAAAGUGGAGGGGGAUGAAGUGGAAGAAGUGGAGCGUCCACAUCGUGAUCCCCAAGGGGACCUUCAGACCCCCCUGUGAAGAUGAAAUUGACGAAUUCCUGAAGAACCUGGGCACUUCCCUGAAACCUGAUCCCGUGCCCAAAGACUAUCGGAAGUGUUGCUUCUGUCACGAAGAAGGCGAUGGGUUGACAGACGGACCGGCGAGGCUGCUCAACCUUGACUUGGACCUGUGGGUCCAUUUGAAUUGUGCCCUGUGGUCCACGGAGGUGUACGAGACCCAGGCUGGUGCCUUAAUAAACGUGGAGCUAGCCCUGAGGAGAGGCCUGCAGAUGAAAUGUGUCUUCUGCCAUAAGAUGGGGGCCACCAGCGGGUGUCACAGAUUUCGAUGCACCAACAUUUAUCACUUUACUUGCGCCAUUAAAGCACAAUGCAUGUUUUUUAAAGAUAAAACUAUGCUUUGUCCCAUGCACAAACCAAAGGGCAUUCACGAGCAGGAAUUAAGUUACUUUGCCGUCUUCAGGAGGGUCUACGUGCAGCGUGAUGAGGUACGACAGAUCGCCAGCAUCGUGCAGCGGGGAGAGCGAGACCACACCUUCCGUGUGGGCAGCCUCAUCUUCCACACGAUCGGCCAGCUGCUUCCACAGCAGAUGCAAGCGUUCCACUCUCCCAAAGCACUCUUCCCCGUGGGCUACGAAGCCAGCCGGCUGUACUGGAGCACGCGCUACGCCAACCGCCGCUGUCGCUACCUGUGCUCCAUCGAGGAGAAGGACGGGCGCCCCCUGUUCGUCAUCAGAAUCGUGGAGCAAGGCCACGAAGAUCUCGUCUUAAGUGACACCUCACCCAAAGGUGUUUGGGAAAAGAUUUUGGAGCCUGUGGCAUGUGUGAGAAAAGAGUCGGAAAUGCUGCAGCUCUUCCCAGCCUACUUAAAAGGGGAGGAUCUCUUCGGCUUGACCGUCUCUGCGGUGGCGCGGAUCGCGGAAUCACUCCCUGGGGUUGAGGCGUGUGAAAACUACACCUUCCGAUACGGCCGGAACCCUCUCAUGGAGCUGCCCCUGGCCGUCAACCCCACAGGUUGUGCCCGUUCUGAACCUAAAAUGAGUGCCCACGUCAAGAGGUUUGUGUUAAGGCCUCACACCCUGAACAGCACCAGUGCCUCCAAGUCGUUCCAGAGCACAGUCACCGGGGAGCUGAGCGCACCUUACAGCAAGCAGUUCGUCCACUCCAAGUCGUCGCAGUACCGCAAGAUGAAAACCGAGUGGAAGUCCAACGUGUACCUGGCCCGGUCUCGGAUUCAGGGGCUGGGCCUGUACGCCGCUCGGGACAUCGAGAAGCACACCAUGGUCAUCGAGUACAUCGGGACCAUCAUCCGGAACGAAGUCGCCAACAGAAAGGAGAAGCUUUACGAGUCCCAGAACCGAGGCGUGUACAUGUUCCGCAUGGACAACGACCACGUGAUCGAUGCCACGCUCACGGGAGGGCCUGCAAGGUACAUCAACCACUCGUGCGCGCCGAACUGUGUGGCCGAGGUGGUGACUUUCGAGCGAGGACACAAGAUCAUCAUCAGCUCCAGCCGGAGGAUCCAGAAGGGAGAAGAGCUUUGCUAUGACUAUAAGUUUGACUUUGAGGACGACCAGCACAAGAUCCCCUGUCACUGUGGCGCCGUGAACUGCCGAAAGUGGAUGAACUGAUGCGUUCCCCGCUGUCUCAGAGGGCGGCUCGUCCCUAGGAAGGAGCGAUUCAACACAGCAUUUGAAUUUCGCAGACGGAAAGAGGUUUUUGUUUUCUGUUUCGUGGCUUUGUGGAAACUAGCUUCUGGGAGUCCUGAUUUCCUCCGUGCUUUAGGUUAGAGGAGCACCGGAGAAAGCCGGCCGAAGCAACUUUCCCGAAGUUGCUGAGGUUAAAGAAUUACAGAAUGGUCCAGCACUUUUUUUUUCUUUUUCUUUUCUUUCUUUUUUCUUUUUGAGGGUGGGUUUUGUUUCGUUAUGCUUCUUUAGUCUCACUAAGGAGAAACUUUUACUGGGGCAAGAGCCGAUGGCCGCCCUGCCCCGCCCCAGGGCAGAGGGCCUUCCUGUGAAUGUAAGACUGAAAUCACCAGCGAAAGGGAGACGUCCAAAGUGCUGGCCACCGCCUUAUCUGAAAAAGGGGCAGGCCCUCUAAUUUAAAAGUUUUUAAAUAAAGUAGACACCACUGAACAAGGAAUGUACUGAAUGACUUCCUUAGGGAUAGAGCUAAGGGAUAAUAACUUGCACUAAAAUACAUUUAAAUACUUGAUUCCAUGAGUCAGUUUAUUGUAGUUUUUGAUUUCUGUAAAAUAAGAGAAACUUUUUGUAUUUAUUAUUGAAUAAGUGAAUGAAGCUAUUUUUAAAUAAAAGUUAGAAGAAAGCCAAGCUGCUGCUGUUACCUGCAAAACUAACAAACCCUGUUACUUUGUACAAAUGUGUAAAUAUUUUGAGAAAAAAUACAGUAUAAAAAUAGUUAUUGACCAAAUGCUACCAGGCUCUGCAGCAGCUCGGGUGCUUAUAAAAUGUUCAUAGGGAUGUUACAAUAUAAUUUUGUUAUUAAAUAUGCCAUUAUAAUUAUGUAAUAACCAAAAUUUCAACCUAGAGUGUUUGGGGUUUUUUGGAAACUACGGUCUGUUAGUACUUAAUUGUUUUAUACACCUUACUUCUCAUAGAACAGAGUGUAUGCUAUGACUACAACUUUUAUAGCCGUUUUGGUAAUUUAAACUGAUUUUUUCAUAUUAUAUUGUUGCAUCCCUACUUCUUCAGUCAGGUUUUUUUGUGCUUACAAUUUGUGAUAACUGUGAAUAACUGCUUAAAAAUACCCCCAAUGGAGGCUGAAUUUUUCUUCAGCAGAAGUAGUUUUGAUUAGAACUUUGUUUCAAGCCACAAAGAAUCAUGUAAACAUACUAGGAUCAUGUAGCAGGAACUCUAAUCUAACUCUCUAGUCUUCUAUUUAACACAAAAAUUUGAAAAAGGAAAAAAAAAAAAAAGGAGAGAUGUGACCAUGCUUGCAGCUGCAGGACCCCGGCAGUAGGGUUUUGGAAGAUGUAAUUUUCAACUGUGUUUGUAUGAACAGUUUGUUUACAUUUCUUUAAUAAAAAAACACACUGUUUUGUGUUUGCUUGUAGAAACUUAAUCAGCAUUUUGAACCAGGUUAGCUUUUUAUUUUGUACUUAAAAUUCUGGUACUGACACUUCACAGGCUAAGUAUAAAAUGAAGUUUUUGUGUGCACAACUCCAGUGGACUGUAAGCUGUUGGUAUAUUCAGUGACGCAGUUCUGAACUUGUAAUGUAUAUGGCAUGGUGUAUUUUUAUCUUACAGAAUAAAUCAAUUGUAUAUAUUUUUCUCUUGAUAAAUAGCUGUAUGAAAUUUGUUUCUUGAAUAUUUUUCUUCUCUUGUACAAUAUUCUGACAUCCUACCAGUAUUUGUCCUACCGGGUUUUCGUUUUGUUUUCUGUUCUGUAUAAUAGUAUCUAAUGUUGGCAAAAAUUGAAUUUUUUGAAGUA